UCAAAGCUUUCGUAAUCCUUUCCCUCCAAUGAAGUCAUCAAAUCUUAUGUCAAGUAAGAAGGUAGGUGUGAUUGGUGCUGGUGCAUCUGGGCUGGUUGCAUCUCGUGAGUUGCGCAGAGAAGGUCAUGUCCCAGUUGUCUUUGAGCGCAAUAACAAUGUGGGAGGGACAUGGAUUUACAACCCUGAAGUCGAAUCAGAUCCAUUGGGAGUAGACCCAUCUCGAACUAUUGUCCAGAGUAGUGUCUAUGACUCUCUCAGAACAAAUCUCCCAAGAGAAUCCAUGGGGUUUCGGGAUUACCCAUUUGUUGUAGUAGAAGAAAUGAUGAUGAUCAAAGAUGAGAAAAAAGAGACUAGUAGUAGAACAGGGGAUAAUAGAAGGUUUCCUGGUCACAGGGAAGUAUUAAAUUAUUUGCAAGAUUUUGCUAAUCAUUUUGAACUCAUUGAAUUGAUUCGGUUCGAAACCGAGGUAAUUCAUGUCAGCUUAUUGGAUGACCAGGAGGGGGAGAAAGAGAGGAAAUGGGCAGUAAAAUAUAAGAUAAGAUCAUCAUCAUCACCACCUACUUUUGUUGUGGAUGAGGAGGUAUUUGAUGCUGUAGUUGUUUGCAAUGGCCAUUACACUGAGCCACUUAUUGCAGAAAUUCCAGGAAUUGAUACAUGGCCAGGAAAGCAAAUUCAUAGCCAUAAUUACAGGGUUCCCGACCCCUUCCGUGAUCAAGUUGUGCUUUUGGUAGGAAAUUCUUCCAGCGGUGAGGACUUAUCCAGGGACAUUGCAGGGGUUGUCAAAAAGAAUGCCCUCGGGGAUGACACAAUUGUCUUCCAAGAUGGAAGCUCAGUUUUGGUCGAUGUCAUUCUACACUGCACAGGGUACAAGUAUACUUUUCCUUUUCUGGAGAUAAAUAAUACUGUGACUGUGGAUGACAACCGAGUGGGACCUUUAUAUAAACAUGUUUUCUCGCCAUUAUUGGCUCCAGGGCUUUCGUUUAUUGGGUUAAUUUGGAAGGGUAUUCCAUAUCCUAUCUUUGAAUUACAAAGCAGGUGGGUUGCGGGUGUUUUAUCCGGUAGGAUUUUGCUUCCAUCUCAAGAAGUGAUGAUGCUGGAAGUUGAAGACUUUUAUUUGAAACUGGAAGCUGCCGGUGUGCCAAAACGUUAUACUCAUAACACAUUCGACUAUCAGUUUGAGUACAGUGAUUGGCUUGCUGGAGAAUGUGGAUUUCCACUUUCAGAGGAAUGGAGAAAACAAAUGUUCGAGGCAGUUGUCAAGAAAAGAAUAACCCACUUAGAAGCUUAUCGCGAUGAAUGGGAAGAUUACAACCAUUUGAUAAUGCAAGCACAUGAAGACUUCCGCAACUAUGUCCAGAUUAAGUUAGCAGACAAUGAACAACUUCUGUAAAAGAUCUUUAAUGAUUGUACCAACCGCAAAUCGAACCCAGGUAUGUGUACCACGGCAGGGUACUAAUCUACAGUUUAUUGCGGUUUCUGUAGGAGUUAUGGUGAAAAAAGCAAUCACUUUAA